GUGUGCCACCAAUUUCAUCACAGGCACUGUGCACUAUCUACAGUUCAAGUAAUCUGUAUUUGUGUUUCACUGACAUUUUAAUCACCAACAGCAUCACGGCACUGUGCACUAGUCGAUCUAUAAUUCCAGAAAUUUGUGUGCCACCAACUGCAUCACGGACACUGCAAUAGUCAAGUAAAGUUUUAACGUUAGCUACCUAAAUUUAGUGUCGUCCUUGCACUUACAUAUAGCCUCGUUUUGUGGAACUCAAUAGUAACUUAGUCAACCAUGUCCUUUUUUCACAACUUGCAACUCUAAAGCCUAAAGCCUGAACUAGCCAUAACAUCAACUUCAGCUAGCGUUAGCUAUUAGCUACGGAACCUAUGCCAGUGAAAGAGCGACUUGUGAUUGGAUAGAAUAUUCGCUGGAGGGGGGCGUGUACAGUGAAAGGUUUAUUCGUUUCAAGUUACUAGACCUCUCUACGGUGCACUUUAGUACACCAAAUACUUAUAUGCAUUAGCUGAACAUGAAGGCUUUACAAAAUAAUUUUUGAAAUGCAUAUGCUUACUCCUGUCGUCGGUUAUGUUAUCUAGAUGUUUUAUGUACUUCUACUGCCCCUGGACAGAAAACAAAAACUCAAAAGUGGUAAGGAAAUAGAAAAGUAAAAAAAAAAAUGGAUACCGUCUCUUAAAACUUUGUUUAUUUUGUUUUAAACAUCUCAAAUCUUUCCAAUUUGAAACAAAAACGGCCUACAAACAAUUAUGUAAAUAUUUGUUGAAGGUUUCACACAAACGUACCUGAAAUUUGAACAUAAUUAACUCUAUGGGUAAAGGAAGGAAGGAUGGAAGAGGACAAGAGAGGAAUAUUCGAACAACGUUUUGGAAUGUAGCCGCACAUCUUCCGGAAGGUAGGUAGUAGCAACAUCAAAGUUGCGAGAAGAAAAGUUGUUGAUUGUCGUUGUUGUUCAGGACUCACUAUGAUUAUAUUUGCAACCGAGGUCGGGCUACUGGCUACAUGAAUUAAACAACUUGAAAGAGUUUGGGUAAAUAUAAAUGAAAAGUUAUUUAAUUUCAGAGGCUUUAGCCUACGUUAAACUUUUCGAAGCGGUUUCUACAAUGGCCCGAUUCCAUCUCAAGGGCGCAUGAUCUACAGAAAAACUUCUAACUUAGUUUCGAUUUAAUUUGAUCUACGAUCAACACUACGGACUUAACAAUUGAGAAAAAUACAACAACAACCAUGGCAAUCGCACAUGUCGCAACUGAAUACAUGUUCAGCGAUUUUCUCCUGAAAGAGCCUGCUCAGGGAGGCUAUCGCACCCUGCGCACAGACCUUGCCGUGGAUAAGAUGGUCACAUGUGUGGCUGUGGGACUCCCUCUCCUUCUCAUCUCUUUAGCCUUCGCGCAGGAAGUCUCAGUUGGUGCUCAGAUAAGCUGUUUCCCACCCAGCAAUUUUUCCUGGCGGCAAGCAACAUAUGUGGAUUCCUAUUGUUGGGCAGCAGUACAUACACACACACUACCUUUAUGGUUACAUAAGUUCUUCCCUUACAUGUUGCUGCUUGUUGCGGUGAUGAUGUACGGCCCGGCACUGUUCUGGCGUUUCUCCGCGGCUCCCAGACUGCAGUCUGACCUCAGCUUCAUCAUGGAGGAGCUCGACCGCAGCUACAACCGGGCCGUCACUCUGGCCAAACGCAUGGCCACCUCAAGGGUCCUGGCCACCGACAGCGACCCCACCGAGGGGUGUUUCAUGUACCCUGUGGUGGAGAAGUACCUGAUGACCAAGCGCUGCUCACGGGUGUUGCUGUGGCGCUACCUGUUGUGUCGUGGUCUGACCCUGAUCACUCUGCUGUGUGCCUGCGUCUACCUGGGCUACUACCUCCGUCUGGCGUCCGUCACAGACCAGUUUGGCUGUCGGCUGCGCUCCGGCCUGCUGGCCUCAGACAUGUCCAUCCCAGAACAGGUCCAGUGCAAACUCAUUGCAGUGGGGGUGUUCUCAUUGUUGAGCUUCGUCAACCUAGUGCUGUUCAUUGCACUGGUUCCUGUGGUGAUAUACGCCAGUAUCCGACCUCUCCUCUGCCAAAGAUUUGACUACUUCCUAAAACCUUACCAAUCCCUGCCCACUGUGAGUGUUCUGCCCACUCCUGAUGGCCAUUGGGACGACCUUGCCCUGUAUCUGCUUUUCCUGGAGGAAAACCUCAGCGAACUCAAGUCCUACAAGUACAUUAAGGUGUUGGAGUUGCUCAGGAAGCGGGGUUUGUGUGAGGGGGAGGACUUUGACUCAAUGGGACUGCUACAAACGCUCUGUCUGGUGAAAACAGAUACCAUUGAUGGGAAGAACCCCAAUACUAGCGAUACCAUUAAAACGAAUGCUAACCCCAAUGGGAACCCUGAUUCUAAAGCUAACCCUGGAUUAGCCAGACCGAGCAAUGAGGCUGUAGCUCCCAGGACAAUCUCCCUGAACCCAGACCAGGGUCAGGGCGAAGGAAUCGAGAUGGAGGAGUUAUCUGCUAUGUUGCGUAGAACCAGUGGGAUGACAGGCAGUACAACAACUGAAGAAGGGGGUGUGCGACAGCGAGUAAUCUGAGUUUCUGCUGACAUGACGAUAAAAGGACAGCCCCACCGAAUUCACAUCAGGGUCACCCGUAUUGUCUCUGGAACUGUUGACCCUAAACCUGGAGGACAGUACUUGUUUACAACUCUGCCAAUGCCAUGCCAAGCUGUUUAUGACUUGGUUGCACUGCUUUAAAAGUUUUAUUGCUGCAAAAUUGGGAGAAUUUGCUCUGUGUACUUUCACUGUUUAAUCAAGUUAACAGGAAUAAUAUACUUUGUAUUAUUGAAUCUGUAUUAUUGGUCACUGAACACUGAAUGUAACUCUGACUGCAGUUCAGUGACUUGACAUUAUCUUGCCAUUGCUCAGGAACCUUGCCAACAUUAUGGCUCAUAAUUUGGCUUUUUGGGGGGAAGGUGGGGAGAAGUAAUUUUAAUGCGACUGAACCACGAAAGCUAAAGGGGAUGAAGAUCGGGGUUUUGGUGCCUAGGUACAUUUGUGUAAAAUAUUGAACCUGCAUAUCUGAAGAAGAUAGUUUUUGUGUAUUUGUGUUUGAUGGUUUUACGUAGUAAAUAUAGAUUAUUAUUUAGAAGAAUUGUGUGUCUAAUUAUUUUCUCUCUUGUCUUAUUAUUUUCUCUCUUUUUUUAUUGAGUUAUUAUUUCGGAUAAGUUUAGGAUUUAGGAGCAACGUUAAAUACUCCACCCACCCGGCCAACGCCGUGUAACGAAACGUGGUUUAUUAUUGACGUCACUAUACCAAAAGGCGAAACGCGUUGUUUACUUUGAUUAAUCGUAGCAAACGAUUUUAUAUCGUUGCUUUUUUGGUAUGUAGAAUUUUACAUAAUUCGAAAGACCUAAAAGCUAAAUAGCUGUUGUUUGUUUUCUACUGCUGUUGUAUUGUAACAGCUCACCCACACACCAGCGACGUUACUCCGCGGAGUUAUUUCGAUGUUGUCACCGGAGAUAGCGUCCCUCUCCUGGGGCCACAUGAAGGUAAAGGGCUGUUCUUCAGCUUACAAAGACUGCAAGGUUUGGCCAGGGGGUAGCCGCGCCUGGGACUGGCGAGAGACCGGCACAAACCACCACCCAUGGGUUCAGCCUGCAGACCUGGAGGAGGUGCUGCAGAAGGGAGUCAAUACACUGGUCAUCGGCAGGGGCAUGAACGAAGCUCUGCAGGUCCCAUCAUCCACUUUGGACUUUGUGAGGCAGAAAGGAGUGGAGGUGAAAGUGCUCCAGACAGAACAGGCUGUGGCUGAAUACAACAACCUGGUUGGCCAAGGAGUCAAAGUGGGUGGGGUGUUCCACUCCACCUGCUGAUGAUGUCAUAGCUGUCAGGAUGUUAACUCACCUGUGCCAACGCUGUGGAGGUUAAUAGAGUACCAUAACUGUGCCUGUGAUGCAAAAAACAAAGCUGGUCAAUUAAUGACAUUUGUGUUGUACAACCUUUUAUUAUGGUGUGUGAAGCCAAGUACAUUUAAAACCAGAAAAAUUGACAAUUAAUAAUGCACCUUUGCAGUUCAUUUGCACUCCAAAUAAAAGUCUUAUAUUUUGGCAACA